AUUCGGUUGAAAAUGUCAUAAGACCAAAAACCGAGCUUUUAGGAAUUGGAGAUCCACGCAGAAAGUGAAAUCAACAAGUAAACGAAAAAGAUUCCACCGUCACCAUCAUCAACCGUCGAUCAACCACCACCGUCACUAACCCUAACCCUAACCCUAACGAUCAGUAGCUUUAUAACACAACACACAUAAAAUAUCACAUAACCAAUCAAUUUCACCGUCAAUAACCGCUCAUUCACGUCCCUAUUACGAGAUCCGAUCAAUCAAAUGGACGAAUUCGGUAUAUUAGCGAAGGAUUUCGGCUUCCGACCGCAAGGAAAAUCCGCUCCGAUGAAAUCAACCGGCGGCGAUCGCCGGAGCCGCCCUACGUCAUCGUCUACGACGUUCACGGCGGACGGAAACGAUAUGUUUCACGACGUGUUUGGUGGAGGUCCGAAAUUCACAAACAGUAACUCGAAAUCAACGUCUUCGAUGACUGAUUUCGAUUACGAUUCAAUAUUCAAGGAUUCUGUGUCGGUGAAUAAUAAGAAUAAUAAUGAAAUGAAAAGUAAGCCUAGGGUUUCGAAUUCGCCGGUUUAUGAUGACGAUAUGUUUGAUAAAACGGUGUCGUCUUCUGCGAAUUUGAGAUAUGAUGAUGAUGUUUUUGCGUCUGUGAGUGGUUAUUCGAAUAAACAGAGUCAACAGAGUGAUCAGUUUGAUGAUUUGUUAGGGAAUUUAGGGCGAACGGAGAAGGCGGAACCGAGUGGGAAUUGGAGUGAUAAGAGUUCAAGAGGUUUGGAUGAUUUGAUUCCUGGAUUUGGAAGCAGUAGUCCUGUGUCCAGUAGCAGGUGGAAUUCAGACCCAAGUCCUACGUCAACUAGCAACCCAAAGGAAAAAUCUAACGCAGUGGAUGACCCGUUUGCCUCAUCUGAAGGUUUCUUCACAGAUCCACUAGAACAGUUCAGCAAUAUUGAUAAAUCGAAGAGCACAAAAUCUGGAGUAACAUCACCAAGUGAGGAUGUGUUUGGUGACAUGGACUCCUUUGACAGCUUCAAUAAAUCGCCACCUGCAUCUUCAAACGAAACACACAUCAGGAAAAAGGGCCAGAGUCAGAACCAUUCAGAGGAACGAUCCAGUGUGGGAAGUUUUGUAAGCAGUGAGCCAAUAGAAGAAUAUUCUUUUGGAUUCACCGAAAACCAACCACAGAAGAUGCCUUUUGAUCAAACCGGUACAAGUUCUAAUGUGGACACGCCUCCCAAAUCAGAGGAGCAUGCGCAGCAUACAAAUGACAUAUGGCUCACUGUAUUGGAGAUUCCUCUAUUCACGCCAGUUACUCGGGACCCACCACCUUCGAGGCCCCCUCCUCCGAUACCAGCACAUGGUUCAAGUACCAGAACAUUUGAUGAUGAUUUCUCGUCAUCAUCAGCUUCUACGAAAUACUCCCAUAAUGCUAAUGCUUCUAAAAUGGAUGAAGAGAUAACACAGAAGAGGCUAGAAAGAGAGAGAGAAGAGGAAGAGAGAGAGCAAAGGAGACUUGAGAAAGAGAAAACUAGGGAAAUUGAAAGGGAGAAAGCAAGACAAGCUGUAGAGAGGGCUAACAAGGAAGCCCGUGAAAGAGCAGCCACUGAAGCCCGGUUAAAGGCUGAACGGGCUGCUGUUCAAAGAGCACAAACCGAGGCACGUGAAAGGGCAGCUGUUGAGGCUAGGGAAAAAGCAGACCGGGCUGCAGCAGAAAAGGCUGCCACAGAAGCGAAGGAGAAAGGAGCACGUGAGAAAGAGAAAGAAGCACAUGAGAAAGAGAAAGAAGCACGUGAAAAAGAGAGAGCUGCUGUUGCAAGGGCCCAAGCAGAAGCAAGGCGUAGAGCGGAGCGUGCUGCUGUAGAUAGGGUCACUGCUGAGGCUAGAGAGAGAGCCGCUGCUGAGGCUCGAGAGCGGGCGGCGGCAGCGGCUGCUGAAGCUCGAGAGCGGGCGGCGGCAGCUGCUGCUGCCAAGACAAGCCAACAAAGGAAUGAUAAUGACCUUGAUUCCUUUUUUAGCAUGGGUUCCCCACCAAACAGUGUGCCAAAAGCAAGGACAAAUUUUAAUGACUCUGCAACUGAUCCCCUAUCCCAGGACAAACGUGGGCCAGAAGGGGCUCACCGGGCUUCCAGUAGUGCGGUUCCUUCCAAUGUGAGGAAAGCAUCUUCCACCGCCAAUUUUGUUGACGAUCUUAGCUCAAUAUUUGGAGGUGGUAUGCCAGCUGGAGAAUUCCAAGAUGUUGAAGGGGAAACGGAGGAAAGACGAAGAGCUCGGUUGGAAAGACAACAACGUACUCAAGAGCGUGCGGCUAAAGCACUGGCUGAAAAGAAUCAGAGAGAUCAGCAAAUUCAGAAUGAACAGGAAGAACGACAAAGGAUUUCUGCAACUUUAGAUGUUGAAAUCAGGCGUUGGGCUGCUGGGAAGGAAGGAAAUCUGCGAGCAAUGUUAUCAACGUUACAAUACGUUCUUUGGCCCGAAUGCGGUUGGCAGCCCGUUUCAUUGACUGAUUUAAUCACUGGUGCAAGCGUGAAAAAAGUAUAUAGAAAGGCUACUCUCUGCAUUCAUCCUGAUAAAGUUCAACAAAAAGGAGCUAAUCUUCAACAGAAAUAUGUUGCCGAGAAGGUUUUUGACCUCCUUAAGGAGGCUUGGAAUAAGUUCAAUUCAGAAGAGCUCUUUUGAUCCUGCAAUGAUUAGUCUGAUAGCGGGUUAGCGUGUUGAUUUUGAGAUAAAUUUCUUAGAUUUCAAUUUUUGUUUUGUAAUCAAACUGUAUAAAUAUUUUUGUUUAAUCCUAUUCUUUUAUUCAUUAAAAUGGGUCACUUCAUAUA